CGUUCAUUUCAUGUGGCAGUUUUUCCCUUUUUUUUCUUUCCUAUCUUUUCUCUCUGCGCCCCAAUCUGAGAUCCAAAACUACGAACCCUAAAAUUUCCGAUUCCCUUCAUUCCACGGUCACAUAUUCCACUCUGAUUACAUAGUUUAUUGACUUUCGUGAAGAAAUGGAGACGGAACAGGCUUUGUUUCCUCAAAUUCGACCUCCAUUUUAUCAGUAGGGAGUUUGAUGUGAGCUUUUUUGAUCACGGGUUUGAGUUUGGAUUCUUCAUUUAAAACUGUUUAAUUUACUAUCCACACCGUUAUGGGCGAAUGCAAAGGAUGUGGGAAAUUGGGAAGAAUGAAACAGAGAGAUGCAUACGCCAAUGCUUAUAGUUUUUCGCUUCUGCUAUCACCAGUGGUUUCGUUUUGGGAUUGUAUUGUUAGGAAGAUGAGAUAUUCGUUCAGACCUGAGUGGGUGUAGUCGUUAUACUCUUCUUGUAGAUGCUAUAAUUUUUUUCAUCUUAAUUCGCCAUCUUAGAUACCUGAUUGAUAGUAAUUUAGCAUUCAAUAUAAAGAGAAAAGUGUUAUAGAGAAUAUGUACACAUUGUAGUUGAGUUCUCGAAGAAGCUGAGCAAACGGAUUUGUUUGUUUAAGAUACAAAGUAGUAUUCAUGGAUAACAUGGGAUGUGUUCAAGUUCCACCCGUCGUUAGGAAAGGUAAGAAGAAGCAAGCUAAGGAUGAAUUGGAUCGCCUCAAACAAGCUGAGAAGAAGAAGAGGCGACUAGAGAAAGCACUUGCUACUUCUGCUGCCAUUAGAUCUGAGCUAGAAAAGAAGAAGCAGAGAAAGAUAGAAGAACAGCAACGGCUAGAUGAAGAGGGAGCCGCAAUUGCAGAGGCAGUAGCUCUGCAUGUCCUUGGUGAAGACUCCGAUGACUCAUGUAAGAUUAUGCUGAAGAAUAAUGACCAGGGUUUUAAUCCUUGGAACCAAUCCAACUUGGGUUUUUACAGGGGAGGAUGGAGAGGUAACUCUCCUCAUCAGGGCUUUGCAAAGUAUUCGGUUGGAAGUUUUGGGUGGAGUUCUGAAGCUUGUGCGUCAGAAUGCAAGUGGAACGAUUUUGGAUUCAGCAGCUGUUCGAUGUCACCUAGUGCACCAUAUUUUGAAGAUAGAAGUCGAGGAGGGUUGAUAACAGCAUCAACAGAUAUUGCUGUAGCACAAGCUGUUUCUUCUCUUCGAAUCGCAGAAGAUGCAUGUGCAGAAGGAAUCAUGAACGGAAUGUUCAAGGGUAAGUUGAACAGUUAUAGUAACCAGGUCUAAACCUCUGCAAGGAGAAGUUCCAAUAAUUAUUCUAAAAGAAUAAAGACUUGUAAAUAGUUAUAAUCGCGUAAACCCCUUGUUUGUAUGGUGUAAGCCAAGUCCUUCCUCCCUCCUUCCGUAUGGUCUAAAAUAUUCUGUUGGAGCCGGAAUCUUUUCUGUAGACUUUUGUUGUGUCGAGUUGUGUGUUACAGAGAGCUUGAUAGUUAUUUGUGGUGUGAUUUGUUAUGUGUUGUUGAAUUUAUAAGUAAAACUUCUUUUGUGUUAUUCUUAUUGAUUUUUUGUUUCAAAGUUGAA